AUGGAACGCUGCGUCUACAAUCACAUGUACGCUGACGUUAUUCAACUAAUUUCGCCACUACAACAUGGAUUUCUGAGAAAGCGUUCAUGUAUAACACAACUGCUCUCGGUAUUUCACAACAUUGGUCAAAAUCUUGACAAUAACACCCAGUCGGAUGUUUUGUACCUUGAUCUUGCCAAAGCAUUUGACUCGGUUGACCAUCAAAUACUUGUUGAGAAACUAAAAUGCUACGGCGUGGCUGGACGACUCCUGGACUGGUUCACUGACUACCUGAACGGUCGAACUCAAAGGGUUGUGAUCGACGGUGCUGUAUCCCAGUGGGUCCCUGUUACCUCCGGGGUGCCUCAAGGAAGUAUACUGGGUCCCUUAUUAUUUGUUAUAUUCAUUAACGAUCUCCCUGAAAUUAUUCCAAAUGGUACCAAUACAGCACUGUUCGCGGACGACACCAAAUUACAUCGAAACAUCUCGUCUCUGACUGACUGCGAGGGUUUACAGCAAGCCCUCAGCAACAUUAACAUCUGGAGCCAGCAGAGCAAUAUGAAAUUCAACAGCACAAAAUGUAAAGUUCUCACCAUUACACGCAAGCAAAAUCCUGUGGUUUACGAUUACCAACUUGGUUCUGCCAUAUUAACCCGCGUUCAGCAAGAGAAAGAUCUUGGAGUUACUAUAUCUUCCAAACUCACCUGGCAUCAUCACAUAUCUGUAAUUGUUGCAAAGGCAAACAAGUUAUUAGGUCUUCUUAAGAGAACUUGCCCACUGUUAACUGAUAUUCAAGUGAGACGGACAUUAUACUUAUCUCUUGUCAAGUCACAGUUAUGUUAUGCUACCCAAGUUUGGUCCCCGGCGCAGGACAUGCUCAAAGCCAAGCUUGAAAGAGUACAGAGGCGAGCUACCAAAUGGAUCUUCAGUUACAAAGGCAAAGAAAUGUCUUACCACCAAAGAUUGCAGUUGCUCCACUUAUUGCCUUUAUGCUACGACAGAGAAAUCAAAGACCUAACCUUUUUCUACAAGGCCCUAUAUGGGUACAUCGACGUGAACGUCAAUAAAUAUAUUGCAUUUAUAGGCCAUGGCCGCACCAGACACAGCCAGAUUCCUUUAGUUAUGAAAGCUCCACGUUGUAAGACAAACGCUUUUCAGGCAUCCUUUUACAACCGGAUUGUCAAACUCUGGAACACUAUUUGCAAAUCAGCUCCUGUGCAUGGCUUUUCCAACAUCUCAUCAUUUAAACAAUUACUCAAGCAAACAUACCUGACUUUAUUCAAUGCAUCCUUUGACAUAGACUUCCCGUGCACAUGGACACUGUCUCGUGACUGUUCUUGCCAUUGAGAAUUGGCUUUACAUACAGUAUAAUUUACUAUUUUAGUCUUAUGUUGACCUAUGUUAUUUUAACGUUAUAUUUUAACGGGAAGGCGCCUCGCAUGGGUACUUCAGUCCCGUUCGCGCCUUUGCCGAUUGGUUAUUUUCAAAUGUAUUUGUACAUAUUUAUAAAUAUUAACCAAUAAAGUUGUUAAAAUAACCCUAACUUCUAACAUUAACCAUGAACCCUUUCAACUUUACUAACUCCAACCUUAUACAUUAACCAUGACAAUAAUUUUAAUACCCAAACAUAACUUUAUGCUACUCAUAAGAAUUUGAAAUUAUAUCUGAAAUUCUGUAUUAAGUAAUUAUAAUUAUUUGUCAUACCAUUAAAUUUAAUUAAUUUAAAUCGUCAAUUUACAUACAUUUAAUUUAAUGAAAAUAUAUAAUAUAUAAUUAUAAAUAUGUAAUCCUUAUGUCUACACUAAAUUUAAUUCUAUAAAUGGUGAAUUAUAUGUCUAUAGAAUUUUAUUUUAUGAUUUUAACAGGGCGAAAAUGAACUGCUUUGCAGAAAUCAUUCGCUCAUUACUAGCACAUUGACGACCAACAGACCAACAAUAAACGGACUAACUAUUAACAUGUCAUUGAUUCAUUUCAAUGAUAAUUCGGGAACCCUGUUAAAGGGAUCCCAUUCGUAUAGCUGUAAAUGCCACAUAUAUUGCUAGUGAUCUACCAUCUCAAAUCAUUUUAUUAAAAAUAUAUAUAUAUAUAUAUAUAGUAUCUUAAGAAAAAUGUCAGAUAAUGUGUUAUAAACCUUCGAUUUUUUAACAAAAUGGGGUAAAUGAGAUUUUCCUUGGUCCAGUCCAUCAAUAAUCAGACUCAAAUAUUUAUGAGGGUUAGAGAUGCUCUUCUUAAUGUGGGCAUAAUAUUUGUUUCUCUCCUCCCUAUUAAAAAAAAUAUAUAAAUUAUUUACGCAUAAAUUGACUGAGCGAAGAUGCUCUUUUUGCAUCUAAUGGAAGAUUAUUCCACAGCAUUGAUGCAUUAUAUUUAAAGCUUCGCUUCAAAAAAUUAGUUUUUGGUUUUGGAAGUGCUGGAUCUGUUUCCUGAUUUCAUAAAUUAUGGCCUCUAUUAAGUUCUCUAAGUCUUACAAGGCUUUCUCUUAAACAUGGCGAACAAUUUUAAUUAAGGAUACUCUUCAACUUAGCCUGCCUAACAUGUAGAUUAUCCCAUCCUAAACCUUCCAAAAGAUCACUUGAUCUAAUCCUAUCAUAAUAUUUUGCUUCAGUGAUAACUCUAGCCACUAUUUGCAAUUUAUCUUUUAAUAUUUUAUCACAUGUAUCCCACAGGGGAGAGCAAUAAUCAAAAUGUGGUUGAAUUAAUGAUUUGUAUAAUGUAACAGGAGAACUCUGCAGAAUGAAUGGUUUAAUUCUCCUCAAUGCUGCUAUGCCUGAACAGAACUUCUUGCAUAUUUCUUCAAUAUUGAUAUCAAAAGUCAACCUGUCAUCAAGGUCAACUCCCAAACAUUUAUUCGAGACAACAGAUGAAAUUGCGUUACAACUUUGUUGGUUAGAUUUUGUUUAGAUCCUAUGACAAUAAGCUUAGCUUUAGAAGGAUAGGAUUGGAGUUUAUUUACAUUUAACCAAUCUGUGACAUUUUCUAAAUCAGAGUUAAUAUCAUUAGCCAGCGCAACAGAAUCGUACGAGGAAGUGAAAAUUUGGGUAUCAUCUGCAUAUAGACAGGGUGUUGUUGUCUUUAGACAGUUGGGUAAAUAGUUGAUAUAAAUUAGGAAAAACAACGGGCCAAGUAUGGAACUUUGUGGAACCCCGCAAAUGAUUUCACCUUUAUUAGAGAUGCAGCUAUUUACUUAGCACUGUUGUUGCCGAUUUGAGAGGCAGAAUUGAAACCAUGCAAGCUUCUAUAUAUGGUUAUGUAAGCUUCUAAUUUACAUCCCUCGGUUACAUAAACAUAUACAUUUACAUAUCUUAUUCAGUAUAGUCAUGGCCGUCGUCUACAACGUUUCGUCGCUCGCUCUACCUGACUCUGAAGAUCAAGCUCUUUUGGCUUCUUUGAAUGCUGAAAAAGCUUUAAGUGAUGGUGAACCUGAUCAGUAUAAUUUACAAGGACUUGUGGUCCAUGCUGAUUUAGCUGAUACUUGGAAAAAAUGGGUGAAAGAAGGCGAAGACGGCUAUUAUUACAUCACCACAUAUCAUGGCGCCUCUGAGGCAGGCGAUCCCUGUCACGAAGUUUACGGCAAGCACAUGCAUAUCAUGUUGUUCUUUCCCAACUCAAAGAUGUUCAAUUCCACUGCAAUUCAUAAUCGACUCCAGCGACGUGCUUGUCAGUUUAAAAAAGUCCUUUAUGCCCACGAGAAGGUUCGCAAUCCUGUUGGUUUAUAUAAAUACAUCAUGACUGCUCCUAGAACACUCGUUCACCCACUCACUCGCCUCCCGUCGUGGUUUGAUGAAUGGAUUGACGUCAAGACUAAUCCCAAAGUGAAACCAGAUGCUAUCCAGGCAUACAUAGAUAGACACGUCAAGGGUAAGGUUCCUGAUUUUUGUGUCAAUUUAGGUGAUUUGAUUGAGUUGGUGUUGAGAGAUGGGUGUUGUUCGUUUGCGGAAUGGAAGCUUGUUGUGUUUCGCAAGUAUCCUCAUGGUUCGCCUGAGUGUGAGACAUUCACAAAGAUCAUGAGUCACAUGCGUGCUGACUACUUGAUUUGCAAUUGUGAAGAUUACCUCAGGAAUCACUACAUGUCCUAG